AGAGAAGAAGAAAAAGAAAGUUUUUCAGUAAAAGAUUAAAUAGAUAAGUUACAGCCAAACCCAGGGACUCCCAGACAAAGAAAUCUACAGAAUGUCCAGACUGGUGGAAUGUGUCCCCAAUUUUUCUGAAGGGAAUAAAAAAGAGGUGAUCGAUGCCAUUGCCAAAGCCAUCUCCCAGACACAGGGCUGCUCCUUAUUGGACGUGGAUGCGGGGCCGUCUACCAACCGGACCGUCUACACCUUCGUGGGGACACCGGAGGAUGUUGUGCAGGGAGCUUUGAAUGCAGCCAGAGUCGCCUUCCAGCUCAUAGACAUGACCCAGCAUAGAGGUGAACAUCCCCGGAUGGGGGCCCUGGAUGUUUGCCCUUUCAUCCCGGUGAAGAAUGUCACGAUGGAAGAAUGCAUCACCUGUGCCCACCUCUUUGGUCACCAGUUAUCCACCGAGCUAGGUGUCCCAGUUUACCUGUAUGGAGAGGCAGCGCAGAAGGAUAGUCGGAAGGCUCUGCCUACAAUCCGGGCAGGGGAAUAUGAAGGCCUCCCGGAAAAGCUCAGACUGGCUGAAUGGGCUCCUGACUUUGGCCCCAGCUCCUUCAUCCCCACUUGGGGGGCCACGGCAACGGGUGCCCGUAAGUUCCUCAUUGCCUUCAACAUCAAUCUGCUGUGCACCAAGGAGCAGGCCCACCGGAUUGCCCUAAACAUUCGGGAGCAGGGCCGGGGGAAGGACCAGCCUGGGCGUUUGAAGAAGGUUCAGGGGAUCGGCUGGUAUUUGGAUGAGGAGAAUAUUGCGCAAGUUUCCACAAAUCUACUGGAUUUUGAAGUCACUGCCAUCCAUACUGUCUAUGAGGAAAUCUGCCAAGAUGCCCAGGAGUUAAAUCUGCCAGUUGUGGGAUCUCAGCUGGUGGGUCUCAUCCCCCUGAAGGCUAUCCUCGAUGCAGCAGAGUUUUACAGCAAGAAGGAAAAUCUUUUCGUCUUGGAGGAGGAACAUAAAAUUAGACUGGUGGUGAAUCGGCUGGGCCUGGACUCUUUGUCUUCCUUUAACCCCAAAGAGCGCAUUAUUGAAUACAUGGUUCAGGAUGGGAAAACGGAUGGAAGGCUGAUCUCUAAGUCGCUCAAUGCCUUUGUUCGUGAAGUGGGUGCCCGGUCGGCUGCUCCAGGUGGAGGUUCAGUCUCCGCAGCAAUCUCCGCAAUGGGAGCAGCCCUGGGCUCCAUGGUGGGGUUGAUGACCUACGGAAAGCGCCAGUUUGAGGACUUGGAUCCAAUCAUGAGGAAGCUUAUAUCUCCUUUCCAUCAGACCAUGAAUGAGCUGAUUGUGAUGGUUGACAGCGACUCCGAUGCUUUCAGCAGCUAUACGGAGGCAAUGAAGAUGCCUAAAAAUACGCCUGAGGAGAAAGAACAGCGCGCUGCUGCAGUGCAACGUGGGCUGAAAAAAGCGGUCGGCGUUCCCUUGUCCCUGGCAGAAAAAGUGAACGCAUUGUGGCCAACUUUAAAGGAGAUGGCGCUUUAUGGGAACCUAGCAUGCAAAUCGGAUCUCCAGGUGGCAGCCAAAGCUUUGGAAACUGGCGUGUUUGGUGCUUAUUGCAAUGUGCUCAUCAACCUAAAGGAUGUUACAGAUGAACAGUUUAAGACUCAGAUUCAAGAAAAAAUCUCCAGUCUCUUGAAGGAGGCCCAGCAAAGCGCGACUUUGGUACUGGAGUCAUUGGAUAAACGGGGAGAAUGAAAGAGAAUGCACACUCACCUAAGGCAGCACUGAUCUUCGAGCUGGCAGUUCAUUAUUUUAUUCCUGCAUCCACCAGGGAGUUUUCAGGGGUCCUUCAGUCCUUAGUUUCCUUGGUUAUAAAAUGGAAAUAAUAAGGGUGAGUUGAGAAUACGAAAUAAAAUAACGAUUGCUUUAAUAGUAAACAUAAGAAACCGCAAAUGAUGCAUAGAACUUUCUAACCCUGUGGCUCAAUCUUCUACUGAAAUUUGGCCAUAUUGUGGGGGGUAUAACAGAUUAAAAAAAAGGAAACAAACUUCCACAAAAUGACCUUUUGGGUUAUUUUUGCGCAACCAGAAAAAUGAUCACUUUCAAACUCAGGAGGUCCAAAUGAGGGAUCCCUGUAGAUCUUUAAUAAAUUAGUCUUUCCUGGAA